AUGAAUAAUAUUGCUAUACUUCCUGAUUACCUGGAAAUAAAUUACAGGAGCAAUCAUUAUAAACAUGCUCAAGAUGUAUUAAACAGUAUUAUUUGGUGUUCUAUUUGUAAUUCAGACUUGAAACAGAAUAUCAUCACAAAUAAAAAAAUAAUGCUCCAUAAAAAGUUUUUAUGUCUUUGUUGUAAAAACUGUUUUGAAAAAUUAUCAGAUUCAAUAAAUGGAUGUAUAUUAUGCUCGCUCAAAACCAAACUUAAGACAUGCAAGAUAUGUAACAGCAAUAUGUGCAAGAGAUGUGUGGACAAUUACUACAUAAAACCAAAACGUUUAAAAAAAUUAAAACAUUGUUUAGGAUGUUCUUCAAGUGUCUUAUGGAGUCUUAGAUCUCAAGCAGCUGCAAUCUUGAAAUGUUUUUCACUGGAACUCGGUACCAGGCUUUUGUUAAAUGGUGAAGAAUCUGUAAGCACACAACAUUUACGUGAAUUCAUAAUAAAUUCAGCCAUAUGUAAUGAAAACUUUACUCAAGAAGCUAUUAAUCAAAUUAGAGUCUUCAAUUUAAGUGAUUUAUUAAAUUCGAAAAUUGGAGCAUUGUUAAAUGGAUAUCAAAACUUACAAACAAAAAAUAUUGAACAACACCUAAUUAGCUUUAGUGAAUUAUGUGAAAAAAUAUUAGUUAACACCUGUUCACUUUUAUCAGAUUCUCAAUAUUUGUUCAACGAUAAAAUUAUUGAAUCAUUAAAUAAAACAAUUAAAUCAUUAUUUAUUAAUGGUAUAUUGUUUAAAACAACUGAAAAUGGAUCAAAUAUAUUCUCUGGAGAUUCCCAUAAUACUGAAAAUUUAGGUGAGCACGCAACAAAUAAAUUACAUAAAAAAUGCAGUGUUUCAUUAGAAAAGCUGGACACAAAUAUUGAAAACCAACUUUUUUUAAAGAAGGAAUAUAAUGAAUCCAUUAGUAAACAUACUUAUAAAGGUCCAUUAAAUUUUAAAAAUAAGUUAGUUGAAAAACGAAGCAAUCAACAGGAAAAUAAUUUAAAUCUCACAUGUCCCAUAAAUUCAAAUUAUGAAUCUCAAAUUUCACUAAAAGAUCUAAAACAGUGUACAGUACAACUGGUACGAUUUGAUGAACAAAUUAUAAAACACUGUGUUGGGCAGACGUCUAAAGAUAAGAUGGAUAGUCAAGCAGUUAGCCAUGCAUGUAACACAAAAGAUACUAGUAAAACAAUCAAUUUGUCUAAUAAUAUGAUAUGUUGGAAUCCUGUAGUAAAAUUAGAAAGAUUUGAUGUGGGCAUUAAUAAUUCUGUUAAAAAAAAAUCUGCUAAUAAGUCUGACAGUAAAGCAGUCAACAACAACAUUGAGCAUAAUCAAGAAAUAUAUACUGUGAAAAAAAUUAAAUUGUCUUCUCAGGAAAAAAACCUUGAAAUUAUUAAUCCCAAAGAGGGUAUUAUAUUAGAAACAUUAGAUAUGGAUAUUAUAGAAAAUAUUAAUCACAACAAUAUACAGACAACCGAGGAUAAAACUGAAAACAAAACCAAAACAAAAAUGGGGAUCAUAAAAAUAAAAUGUCACAAAAAACUUUCACUCUUCAAAACACAAAAAAAAAAUAAAAGAACUAAACUCAAAAAUAUUAAAAACUAG